GUUCUCUACCGCUAGAUGACUUCUGGUAUGUUACUGGCCCCACGGUAGACGUCUGCCGCUUCUGGAAGAGGCGCCGGAGUAAGGCGGCAGUGUCGAGUCGCGAGCGGUCGAGGCAAUGGCAACGCGCAACGUGGGACUGGAACUCGACCUGGACUGGGUGUCCCGCGUGCAGGUCAACCUGCCGGCCGUGAAGCUGCGCGCCGAGCAGCUACAAGCCCGACGUACCGUCAAGAAGCAGUGGCAGGCAGCGUGGCUGCUGAAGGCCGUCACCUGCAUCGACCUGACGACCCUCUCUGGCGACGACACGGCGGCCAACGUGCACAGGCUGUGCUUCAAGGCCAAGUGGCCGAUCCGCGAGGACCUCCUUAAGGCCGUUGGCAUACAGGAUAAAGGGAUCACGGUGGGGGCCGUGUGUGUUUAUCCGUCUCGCGUGACCGACGCUGUCAAAGCUCUCAAGUCCGCCGGGUGCGACAUCCCAGUGGCAUCCGUGGCUACGGGGUUUCCUGCCGGGCAGACUCUGCUCAAGACCCGGCUCGAAGAAAUCCGAUUGGCCGUCGCCGAUGGAGCCAGGGAGAUUGACAUCGUCAUCAGCCGGGCGCUCGCCCUGACCGGCCAAUGGAAAGCGCUGUAUGAGGAGAUCCGAGCGUGCCGCAAGGCUUGCGGAGAGGCGCACAUGAAGACCAUCCUCGCCGUCGGAGACCUGGGCAGUCUCACAAACGUCUACAAGGCCAGCCUCGUCGCCAUGAUGGCCGGUUCCGAUUUCAUCAAGACGUCCACGGGGAAGGAGGGGGUUAACGCGACGUUCCCCGUGGCGCUGGUGAUGGUGCGAGCCAUCCGCGACUACCACCACCGCACUGGGAACAAGGUUGGCUUUAAGCCGGCGGGUGGCAUCCGGAGCGCAAAAGAUGCUCUCGCCUGGCUCGUGCUGAUCAAGGAGGAGCUGGGCAACGAAUGGCUGAGUCCGGAGCUGUUCCGCCUGGGUGCCAGCUCGCUGCUGAGCGACAUCGAGAGACAGAUCUACCACCACGUCACCGGCCACUACGCCGCAGCCCACGAACUGCCCAUGGCUUGACCCAUGACCCCUUGACUUUGGACUCCAACCCAAUCCUCGCCUGCCAACUUCACCAGCAUUCCAAUCGCACUCAUCAUUGUCCCCAGUCAUACCACCCUCGCCAAUUAUUAAUUUCUGCCCUGAUCAACCUUUUAAUUUGACAUUUGUUUAGUUUUCAGCGUGUGACACUGGGUUUUUUUUCCAUUUUAAAUGCAGGUGCAAACAAAAAGAUUACCAAUGAAGACAACAAACGUAAACUUGUUAAUUGUCACUGCUGGUUGUUUGCGGUCUUGCUGCUGUACAGCUCUCCAAUGCAUUUUCUGGUAAGACACCCCAUAUACGAAGGUGCUGUUGUAGAAGGGCACACUCAGUUUCCUGAAGAUGUCCCCCAAAGGGGAAGCAAGGAAAAUAAGCAAAAAACAGUACAUUGCUAUGGGGCGUGUAAUUACGUAUUCAACGAUAUUGAUUAUUGCAUUCCACGUGUUAAAGAAGGGAUGUUAUUAUUUGUAUGUGUUGUAAUGGUCUACUGUGAUGUGACUCCUGCAGGGUUGACCCUGGAUAUUGAUAGAUGAGUGACCACCGGGCUUAAAACAGGUGCUGUGGGCUGCUGUGGGGCUAUCCUGUCAGCAGAGGGCAGUGCGGCAAAAUCCAUUGGCCUGUUGUAUGUGCUCCCAAAUGGGACAUUUAAAAGGGUUUUCGGGAAAAAUGGAAGGAACCGGAAAGAGAGGAAGACCUAACGGAGAAUGGAUUUACGACGAUGACAUAAGAGAUUGGUGCCAGAAAUAUGUAGCACAACUUGACCGUAUUGGUACAAGACAGGAAAGUGGAAACAAAUAAAAUAUGCGUUGGACACCUCUGAUCAAUCUGCCCAUGGAUAGUCAUGAUGAUGAUAUGGUCCAACGUCUAUGAGCUUUUUGCCAACCCACACUGACCAGCGUUGUGAAGUAUAUUACCCUCACGGAAUGGCCUUCAGCAUUGGAUUGACAAAAGGGCUGUAUCGAUGUGCACGUACAGAAAGGAUAAGCGGCAUACCAAGGGUACACAAGGUAGCAGGAGGUUUGUGGCUGAGGAUUCGUGCGUCUUCACACUCAGGACCCCCCCCCACGCCCUUCUUGUUGACGAUUUGUUUAAAUCAGUGGUGCAGUACUUUACGAGUUCGCAAUCGCCAUUCUAGCCGCUGCAGGAGAACCUUUGCUCCCGGAGUUGUGGCUUUAUUCAUGCCAUGAGUGCGUGAAUUCAUCAUCCGCUGUGCGCGAUUGGCACACUUUGCAUUGCACGAUAAUCAGCUUUUUUCAAUGACGACGAAAACCCGCCCCAUCAUAACAGAUUAAUACCCCACGCUGGAAAACCAGAAGUGUCGGACAAGACACGAACAGUGUGGAAAAGGGCACACGGGCGUUCCCACCUCCGAGUAGCACGGUUGGCUACGAACGGUGUAAAAGAAGUUCAACAUACGCCGACGUUUGGAUUUUUUUGCAUACGCACGAAUGGUUGCGUGCGUUUCACACAUUGUUGCGUCUUGUUGCUUGCAAGCCCUUUGUCAAUCCACUGCUAUGCGGAAGGCCUCCCCGCGCGUUGCCGAUGAUUGAAGGUGGUUCGACCACAUACUUCACCACGCCGGGCAGAGUGAGUUUGGUGCGGAAAAGGAGCCACCGAUGUUUAGCCGUGGCCGGGAUUCGUGCUCGGAUAACCGCGUUCGCAGCACAGUGCGUGAACCGCCGAGCCAACACAACUGCACCACGUGUGGCCGAAGACGGACCAUUAGCAUAUUUCAAGUGGUACAUGAAAGCGUGCAAUAUUCGAGUCGCAUCGCUAUCUCAUUAAACAAUCGUGUUUUAAUUGAUCAGAAGCUUGGCAUGGCAAACUUUUGAAUGUUGCAUGAGGGUAUAAGGUAAUCUGUUGAAUUUGUUCCCUUUUACCUCGAAUCAAAGGCUCGCGUGAAUUUAUAAAACUGAAUAAAAUUAUGAUCUAUAAGGGAA